AUGAAUCCUGAAUGUUGUCUUUUUGUUGACAAAAUUUCAGCAAUUGAUUGGGAAGGAAAAAUUCUUCUUAUCGAUGCUUACGAUUCUUAUUUCUAUAAUGUUUGUUCAUUAAUUGAAACGGUUCUUCCAUCAGCAGAGCUUUUUAUUAUUCGUCAUGAUCAAUUUGAUAGUGUAACACUUUAUGAAUAUAUUGAUGGGUUUGAUUGUUGUAUUCUUGGACCGGGACCAGGGAAUCCGGGAAAUAAAAAAGAUAUCGGACUUUUCUCAGUAGUUUGGUCAUUAAAAGAAGAACAUGUUUUACCAGUUUUUGGGAUUUGUUUGGGUAUGCAAACACUAUGUCUUGAAUGGGGGGGAAGUCUUUCAAGACUUAAAUAUGUAGCACAUGGUAUUAUUUCAGAAAUUCAACAUACGCAACAAGAUUUAUUUGAGGGUUUUCCAGAAAUAUUUAAAGUAGUACGAUAUCAUUCAUUUUGCGUAAAUAUUAACAAGUCAACUGUAUUGGAGGCAUUAGCAUGGACUGAAGAUCAAAAUGGAAAAAUAUUGAUGGGAGUAAAACAUAAAAAUAAGCCUUUUUAUGGAGUUCAAUAUCAUCCAGAAUCAUUUUUGUCAGAACAUGGAGAAAAAAUAAUAUAUAAUUUUUGGAAAAUUGUAUGUGAAUUUAAUAAGAAGGAAAGACGACCACGAAUCGUAUUAAAUAAGAGAUGGAAUAAUUUGCAUCAAACCAUAGAACCUUUAGGAACUAUAAUUGAAUGGGACAAAACAAAAAAUCAGGAAUUUGAUCAAAAAUUCAAUCAAAAGUUUAAUAAAAAAUCAGAUAAAAAAUUUAAUAAAAAACUUGAUAGACAUAAUGAAUCAAUUCCUAUAUUUGAGGACGCAAAUAAGCAUGAAACAGUUUUUUUCGAAGUAUUAAAUAUUAAAAUCUCAGCAGUCCAAUUAGUUGAAGAACUAUAUCUUGAAAAAAAAGAAUUAUGUGCUAUUCUUGAAUCAACAAGCGAACCGGGACGAUACUCUAUCAUUGGUGUUCCUUCAGAAGGCCAUUAUACAUUAACUCAUACAUUUCCCGACAUGCAUCUUAUUAAAACCUAUUCAGAUCGACAAGAAAAAAUUCCAUUAGAUAGACCACAUAUUUGGACAUGGUUAAUUAAUAAUAUACAUAAACUACAUGUAAAUAAUAGUUCAGAGGUACCUUUUCAAGGGGGAUUUAUUGGAUAUUUCAAUUAUGAAUACACAAUUUAUACAUCUAAUAUAUAUGAAAAAAGCAAAUUCAAACACCCAGACGUUAAUCUACUAUUUUUUGAAAGAAGCAUUGUUAUAGAUGUAAUAAAAAACCAAGUAGUUAUACAAAGCUUAAUUGAAAACGAUCCUUGGGUUACAAAAACAGCAGCUAUUAUUCGAUCAUUCAACAACAAAUAUUCAAAUAAUUCAGCGUUUUCACAAAACUCAUUUAAUCAAAACAACCAUUUCCAAAACAUCUUACAAACACGGAUUGUCUUACCCGACAAAAAUCAAUAUCUUAAAAAAAUUAAAAUUGCCAAAAACUACAUAAAACAAGGAGAAUCCUAUGAACUUUGCUUAACAUCAACAACACGUAUUUUUUCGUCUAAAAAAUAUACUCCAAUAGAUGAUUGGAACUUAUAUAAACACUUAAGAACAUUAAAUCCAGCACCCUUUUCCGGAUAUCUUCGAUUAAACGGGGUUACAUUACUAUUAUCUAGUCCAGAACGAUUCUUGAGCUGGUCUUCAAGUGGAUUAUGCGAAUUACGACCUAUUAAAGGAACUUUACGCAAAGAUCCUUCAAUUGACUUAAAAAAAGCAACCGAUUUACUAAAAAAUCCUAAAGAUUAUGCAGAAAAUCUAAUGAUUUUAGACCUCAUACGUAACGACUUGUGUCAAAUAGCAAAAAAUGUUCAUAUACCCGCACUUAUGCAAGUAGAAGAAUAUCAAACAGUUUAUCAACUUGUGUCAGUAAUUCGAGGAACCGUACAACCUCCUUAUACAGGCAUUGACGUAUUAGCACAUACAUUACCUCCGGGAAGUAUGACGGGCGCACCUAAGAAGAGAAGCAUAGAAUUAUUACGUGAAUUGGAAAAAAAAGAAAGAGAUAUAUAUUCUGGCGUAUUUGGAUAUUUUAGUGUAUGUGGCGGAGGCGAUUGGAGUGUGAUUAUACGAAGUACAUUUCGUUAUCAUGACGAAGAUCAUUGGAAUAUUGGCGCAGGAGGGGCAAUUACAAGUCUCUCAAAUCCACAAAAUGAAUGGGAUGAAAUGAUAUUAAAAUUACAGAGUGUUCUUUCACUAUUCAAAUAAACCAAAAAUUAAAAUAAUUUAACUAGUUUUGUCAUAUAAUGUGAAAUGAACGAUUCUCUAACAUAAUUCAUUAGUAUUAAUUUUUGUUACUUAUAAACAUACGUAUAAAAACUGUGAACAUGCCCAUGCUCAGAAACAAUAUUAUGUGAUAACUACAUAUUGUUAUAAAAUAUGAAAAAAAAGAAAAACAAAACUACCUCAUGUGCAAUAGUAACAAACCAAAAAGCCUAAAAUAUUAGAAAUAAUAUAAACAAGCAGAUACUUACA